GGAUGUCCAAUCUGGAACAAACUCCCAACGCCUAAGCUUUCAGACUGCGUGCUGCUUAGACUGGGCUUGCAGCACGAGAAAGCCUUCCCCCGUUAACCGGUGUUGAGUGCCUUUUGGGUCAAGCCUACUUGGGCGACCACAAGUCCAUACAGCUGUAGACAGUUAGCCCCGGCGAACAAAGCCGCAAAGUUUGGGUCAAUUCGGGUGAAUUGCGAAUCCUUCAAGCGGUGAAAAUGGCAGAGGCGUCAAGCAUACGCAGGCCUAUAGGCACCGGGGCUCAUUUGAUGUCGUUGCGGGCGCCCGUCGUCGCGGCGAGGACUCUGCGGACUGCAAAUCGGAACCUCCGCGUUGUCAAAGCUGCCGCCGGCGCCAACCCGGCCAACCCGGCCGGGGCCGGCGACGGCCUUCGCGGCGACCACCUCGGCAAUGGCCCCGUGCCACCUCCGGGCAGCUCCGCCUCCCCCUCCCAAAGUGGCCCCAUGUUUGACCUAGCCGUCGCCAUGGGCGGGACCAAGGGCGCCGCGGCUGCCAACGGCGCUGGCAUGCUGGUGAACGGCCACAGCAACGGGCACUCGAACGGCCGCAACGCUGCCGCCGCAACCACCACGCCCGCGGCGGCGGCGGGCGCCGCCGCCACUGCCAUGGCACAAACGCUGACGGCGGCUGCUGCGGCGGCGGCGGGCGAGGAGCUGGCAUCGCUGGUUGACCCGCUGGGUCAGGGGCGCAUGGAGAACAACAUUACACCCUACCCGGGCCCCAACAGCCCCGGCCCCGGCUCCAGCCCGGGCGGCACGGGGUCGAUCACCGGCUCGGGCUCCCCCAGCCUGGCGGUGCAGAUCCGUGAGAUCGCCUCCACGCUGCGGCAUAUCAACGCCCUGCGGAUUGAGUACAUGGACAAGAUACAGGAGCAGGACAUGGAGUUGUCGGCCAAGGACCAGGCCCUGCGCAACAAGGAGGAGCGCAUCCGGGCGCUGGAGGUCGAGGGCGACGAGCUGCGCCGCUCGCUGUCGCUGCUGCACACCGCCAAGGCCGCGGCAGAGGCCGAGGUGCAGCGCCUGCAGCGCGCAGCCGCAGACGCAGCCGCACUGCCCACGCCCACGGCCGCCCCGCCCGCUGCGCCCGCAGCAGCCGCCGCCGCCGCCGCCCCGGCUCCCGCAGCCGCCCCGGUGCCUACGCCCGUAUCGGCCGCACCUGCGCCCGUUGCUGCUCCUACGCCUGUCGCCGCUCCUGCGCCCACACCCGUGCUCGUCGCCGAUCCCGUGCCCGACGCCGCGCCCGCGCCUGUGGCGGCUGCCCCUCCCCCUCCGCCGCCGCCUCCCCCGCCGCCGCCGCCGCCGCGUGCGCCCGAGAUCGUGCUGUCUUACCGCAGCGGCUGGGGCGAGGUGUACCUGCAGUGCAACCCGGACGGCAAGGGCUGGACCAACCCGCCCGGGCUGCGCAUGGAGCACAGCGGCAACAAGGAGUUCGUCAUGAAGCUACCGGCCAAGACGGUGGAGUUCGUGGUGACCAACGGCAAGGGGGAGUGGGACUCGCCCACUGCGGCCACCGGCGGCGCCAGUAAGAACUACCGCAUCGACGCCCCCGGCGAGUACCGCUUGCACUACGGCAGCCUGUCGCUCACCAAGGCCUGGGCGCCCUAAGGGCCCGGGAGGGAGCAGAGGCGAAGUGAUCGGGGAAAGCAAAGAGACGGUGGAGGCAGAGGCGCGCUGGGCACCGGUGGCACGUGCUGGCCGGGCGCGUGCGCGCACGGCGUGUCGGCAGGCGUCCGGGUUUGUUUUGGAAUCUUUCUCAUGCCUGGAGUUGAAUUGCACUGGUGAAUGCGGAAGCCCUCCACGGCUUUCCAGGGCGCUGCUGAGUCCCUGUAAUGCGACACCCUAGCGGCGUGCUGCGCGCACAUCAAUUGGUAGCAUCGGUGGCCGUCAGAGUGCGAAUGUUGGCAGUGCGGCGGACAAGUGAGGUGGAUGUUUCGCAGUGAAGCACGCAUUCAGUUUGUGGCCUACGGAUGCGUUCAUGGGUCAGUGAGUGCCUGGCGUCGCCCACCCGGGCAUCGCCGAAGCUGAACAGCGUUUGGAUUUGGCACGGAAAUCUUUUGCACAGCGAAUGGAUUUUGACGGUGGGUUGGCUGGAGUGAAGCGGGGCGCACAGGGCUGCUGCCACGGUGUGGUGUCGUCAUGCGCAGAACGCGUUGCCUUUAGAUUAAGUCUGCGUCAUUCGAGUGGCAGUAGGCGGUGUGACGAUUUGCAUCGUUCGAGUGGCAGUAGCCGGUGUGACGAUUGCAGGUUUUGACGCCCGAGUGUGCAUGUGCCUGUCUGACCGCACGAGAGUGUCUUUCGAUGUUGUCGUGGUGCUCGACUGGUGCGCCGCACCGGAAUUGUUACCACUUUUUUACCUGGAUUCUUUAUGGAUACGUUUCCAGUCCGAUGAGCGCGAUGACCCUUGCACGGACCGUCGCUGCUCUGCGUUGUCGGCGCUUCUGCUUGGUGUGGCAACGGGCGUGUGGGUGUGGGUGGCCGCGUGUGGCAAUUGCGCUGUGCAUAUUGUGCAGCCACGAGCCAUGCGACGCACCCCACGCUGAACCCGUGGGAAUGCGGCUGCUUCAGGGCGCACGCGCGCGGCUAGGUGGAAGCAGGCGCACCGGCAGUGUUGGGGUAGAUGCUGCCUUGUACGGCGGUGCAUAGGCGGCGAUGGGGCCGCGGGCGGCGUCAGUACGGCGGAUGCGGCGGCGGAGCAGACGAGGAGUGUGUCACGAGUGGAAGGAGAGGGCGGCGCGCGUGUGUGGACCUGGUUCUGACACGGCUUGCGCCUGAGCCUGAGCCCUCUAGCGGGUGUGACGUGAGGCGAGGCGGGCGCUGUGCGGGACGGGACGUUCGGAGGCGAGAGCAUGACGAGGGCACGGGCUAGAAGAACAGCUGCGGGGUAGACACUGCGUGCAUUGCAGGCGUGUGCGUUUGUUGGGUGGGCGGGUGGGCUGGGUGGGCAGGGGGCUCUUCUCUUGCUCACCAGAACCACCACACGUAUGCGCUAUGUGUGUGUGGGUGGUGGGCGUUGGACGGGGCGUUUCUUUGUUGUUGUGGGUGUGGCAGCCGGACGAGCCGGUUUGGGCUUUGAUAUUGGUGUUGUUGUUGUGGGCCUGAGUACAGCAUAGGUGCCGCUGCUGGUAUGUAGUCGGUGGAGCCUGGGGUCGGGGACAGGAGGCUGACACGGAUACAAACAUACAUGCGACGUACAGGGUUGGUGCACAGUUAGCGACACAUGUGUGUGUGGGGGGGCCUUGUCUUGAUGUGGGCGCAGGGCACACGUUGUGUUUCUUUUGGCGCCUUGCGUCUUGUCCCACGCGGACAGGGUGGAUUGCUCGGACGACUUCUUUCAAGCACAGCAUUGCAGGCGCUGGGACGUAUAGCGUCUGACUUGUCAGAUAGUUUGUGGACGUUGCUGUUCAGCUGUCAGGAUCUGUUGUUGCGUUUGCGCUGUGUGUAGGUACCACACUCUUUAGUGCCUUUGGUUGCUAGGGCAUUGCAGGUGAUUGCCGGUCGUUGUGUUCGUCAAUCUGUUUCGUUUGUUGUGAUAAUGCUUCUUGUGCUACAUCCCCAGCGAACGGCCUGGCGAUGCGACCGCACUGGUGGUCGCUAGGGAGAGUGCACGCGUGAUUCUUUCAGGCAGGGGCGACUAGAAGGUCGUUUGAGUGAGUGAGCAAAUGGUGUAACAGCUGUAACUUAACAGGAGUCGUACAUUGGUGCGCGGAAAAGAAGGUUCUGGGGCGACUGCCUGCAAGAGUGCCGGCGUGGACAUCGCCACACAUGGCAGGGGUAUGCUCAACAUGGCACACACGCGCAGCCUUCGAGACGGAGGCCAGCCCUUCGCGCACCAGCAUGAAUUUCUCCAUGUAU